AUGGCUUGUUUGGAUGAUAUUUGUUUAGUCCAAACGAACACAACUCAGUUCUUGUUCUUCGGGUUGCAAAGCCUUAGUAUUAUGGGAACUGAGGAAAGGGGAAGACCUGAUCCCGCACAUCAUUGGCCUAAUAGAAGAAUCUCUCUAGCCAAUGUCGACAAGGAUACCUUCUACGAUGCUGCACCUCCCGGUUUCUCAUCCAAGCGAUUUCGCUACACAAGUGGAGGAGAGUGCUCACAAGUAAGAGGAGAGUCACAUGGCUACUUGAUCAAGGAAGUUCUACAGGACAAGAUGCACUUGCAACCAUCAAGCACCAGGAAGUUCUGGGAGCCACCAAUCCUACCUAAAUAA